AUGAAAUUUGUGAGGGAAAAGUUGAAUAUAAUCAUCUUCACUGCCGUGAUUUUAAGUGUCAUUCAAAUACAUUAUGUGAAUGGACAAAGCAAAAAAAGACAACAAAACUACUGGUCGUAUUACCAAAGAGAUGGUUCUAACUCACGUACCAGCAAAGGUUCAACAAGACAGGACGUUAACUUACUGAGAGGACCAAAUACCUGCGGUUCAGCUUCCAGAAGGUAUUGUUGCCAGGGGUGGACUCGACAGCCGGGACAGUACAGAUGUAUCAUACCUAUCUGCCAGCUUGGAUGUGGUGGGGGAACAUGUAUCCGUCCUAAUCUGUGUUUGUGUUCAAAUGGACAGCCCUCCACCUCUUGUCAAAAUGCAGUUGUGUGUAACCCUCAGUGUCAAAAUGGAGGAAGAUGCAUUGGAAACAAUAGAUGUGCAUGCUCGUAUGGAUUCUCAGGGAAACGAUGUGAAAAUGAUUAUCGAAUAGGACCAUGUUUUACCCAACUUUCAAACAACAUGUGCAGGGGUCAACUGACAGGGCUGGUGUGUACCAAGAACCUGUGCUGUGCCACAGUAGGAAAAGCUUGGGGCAAUCCCUGUGAGCAAUGCCCCAUUCGACCAUUCCCUUGUCGCCGUGGUUACAUUCCAAACUUACAAACAAACACAUGUCAAGAUGUAAAUGAGUGUGUAGCAAUACCUGGGGUGUGUGGAGGUGGGACAUGUGUGAACUCUGUGGGUUCCUAUAGGUGUGAGUGUAAGAAAGGACAGAGACAGAAUCCUAUCACUCAGGACUGUGAAGACAUUGAUGAGUGUGCUGAGAGAAGAGAUAUAUGUAGAAAUGGGAAGUGUACAAAUACCCAGGGGAGCUACUUCUGCACCUGUAAUGAGGGAUUUGAACUUUCCCCAGAUAAAUCUACAUGCAUAGGAAUACAGAAGAAAAGAUGCUUUCUGCAAGCUGUAAACAACAGGUGCUCUCAGCCAAUGGUUCCCCUUUUAUCUCUGGCUGAUUGCUGCUGUGAUUCAGGAAAGGGGUGGGGAGAUGUCUCUAACUGCCAAAUAUGUCCAAAACCUGGAGAGGAGGCCCAUUCUGCACUUUGUCAGAGAGGGGGAGGUUUAGUUAGAGACAAAUGCCGACUAUUUCCCAAUCUGUGUGUGAACGCUCGCUGUGAGUCCACCCAGUAUUCCUACAGGUGUGUUUGUUUCCCAGGUUACAAACCUACAACAGACAAAAACAGGUGCACAGAUAUAGAUGAGUGCUCAGAGCAGCAAGGCAUAUGUCGUAAUGGUCAGUGCUUUAACACUCCUGGGAGUUACAGAUGUCGUUGUAACCGUGGAUAUGUACUGUCACCAGAUGGUCAAUGUAAAGAUAUGAAUGAAUGUGCCACUAAAAGGAUGUGUCCUAAUGGUCGGUGUGUAAACAUGGACGGAAGCUACAAAUGUGAUUGUAACCCAGGUUAUCGUCCAUCAUCUAACCUACAAGUCUGUUAUGAUAUAAAUGAAUGUACAGAGAAUGGUAAACUAUGUACUAAUGGUCGAUGUCAGAAUACAGAGGGAUCUUACAAAUGUAUCUGUAACCAAGGUUAUCGGCUGUCCCCAGACAGGGCUUACUGCUUAGAUUACAAUGAGUGUGAACGUACUGGUAUGUGUACACAUGGUGUAUGUGUAAACCUAAAUGGUGGCUAUAAGUGUGUGUGUAACACAGGAUUCACAUCUUCUUCUGAUGGCAGAACCUGUCUUGAUGUAAAUGAAUGUCUCAGAAAUCCUUGUGUGAAUGGAAUAUGUAUUAACAACCAGGGAAGUUAUCGGUGUGAGUGUCCCAGUGGCUUCCAAUUACAGAGUGAUGGGAAAACCUGUCUAGAUAUUAGGCAUGGCAGUUGCUACCUGGAAUAUCGACGGGGCCACUGCUCCAGUGCCCUGGCUUCUCAGAUGUCUAAGUCACUUUGCUGUUGUAUGGACGAUGACCUGCAGAAGGCAUGGGGACCUCGUUGUGAACUGUGUCCAAGGAAAGGAGAGGCGCAGUACUCACAACUCUGUAGGGGCAUUCCAGACAUUAAUGAAUGUAUGCUGAAUCCAAAUAUCUGUGAAAAUGGAGCUUGUGAGAAUCUGGAAGGAACCUAUAGAUGUGUUUGUGAUAAGGGUUUUACCCCAAAUCCCACAAGGAAAAAGUGUCUUGAUAUAAAUGAAUGUCAAAGGUACCCUCGCUAUUGUGAUGGUGGAACUUGUAAAAACACCAUAGGAAGCUUUCACUGCACCUGUCCCUCAGGUUUCCGACUCAAUCCAGCCACUACUGCUUGUGAAGAUAUAAAUGAAUGCACAGACAGCAACCCUUGUAUUGGAGGGACAUGUAACAAUGUUCCUGGAAGUUUCCGAUGUGACUGUUUGGACCCAGGAACAAAGCUUGAUGCUACUGGGAGGAUAUGUUUAGACAACAGGAAAGGAUCUUGCUGGUUAGAGAUUAACAAUGGUCGAUGUGAAAAUAAUGCUCGGACCUUGGUGACCAAGUCAGAGUGUUGUGGAAGCAUUGGUGUAGCCUGGGGCAGUCCCUGUGAGGAGUGCCCUACAUCACAGGAGAGGCAGUGUCCCCCAGGGUAUGCCACAAAUGAUGGCAGAAACUGUUUAGAUAUAAAUGAGUGUGAGAUGUUUGAGAACAUCUGUGAAGGAGGAGGUUUAUGUGUCAACACUCAGGGGUCCUUCAGAUGUAACUGUCCCCCAGGGCUGAUUCUAGAUGCCUCUGGCAGAAAAUGUAUAGAUAAGAGGGAAGGCAUCUGUUAUUUGGAGUACAGAAGAGGGUCCUGUGAACGUCCUGUGGAAGGGAGGUACUCAAAGGUCAAAUGUUGUUGCUCUCUGGGGAAGGCCUGGGGACCAGACUGCUCAGCAUGUCCCCGUAGAGGUUCAGUUGAAUUCAAGCAGCUGUGUGAUACAACAAAACAACCAGACAUCAAUGAAUGCCUUGAGUUCCCAAAUAUUUGUAAAGAUGGAGUUUGUGGUAAUACAGUGGGAAGCUUUACCUGUAAAUGUAAUCAGGGAUACACUCUGGAUGAGACGGGAACUACUUGUUUAGAUAUCAAUGAGUGUAAGAUCUCCUUUGGUAUCUGUAGCAAUGGCACUUGUAUCAACACACCAGGAAUGUUCCGUUGUCAAUGUGACCCAGGAUUUAGGCCUGUCAUGAUGGACCAAAUGUGUAUGGACAUCAAUGAGUGUGAAGAAUUACCUGCCCCUUGUAAAGGAGGACAGUGUCUGAAUCUUCCUGGAACCUUUCUGUGUGAAUGUCCUGAGGGACUCAUUCUCUCUCCUGAUGGACAGUCCUGUCAAGAUAUUGAUGAGUGUGGUGACAGCAGUAGUCUGUGUAGUUAUGGGGUCUGUGAGAACUAUCUGGGAGGAUAUCAGUGUCGCUGUUUAGAGGGAUACGGCCCCAAUCGUCAGCAUACCUCCUGUCUAGACAUUGAUGAAUGUGCCACAGGAAAUGGCGGUUGUCAGUCGCUCUGCCUCAAUAUACCAGGCUCAUUCUCCUGUAAAUGUGAUACUGGCUACAUACUGAUGCCUGACCAGAGAUCAUGUCAAGAUGUAGAUGAAUGUAAGGAGACAAAGGACAUCUGUAGUGGAGGCACCUGUAUUAAUCUGCCUGGCUCACACCGCUGCACUUGUGUUGGCGGUCUGAUUUCAUCUGCUGAUGGAAAGCAGUGUUUGGAUAUCAAUGAAUGUUUGGAGAAUGCUAACAUAUGUCUUCAGGGAACCUGUCACAAUAUUCAUGGCUCAUAUGAGUGUAUUUGUGAACCAGGCUUCUCUGUCAAACCAGAGUCCAGAAAUCCAGCUUGCACAGAUGAUGAUGAGUGUGCCACUGGCCAAGCUAACUGUGAUCAGAAUGCCAAAUGUAUCAACACCCUGGGCUCCUACAAGUGUGACUGUAUACCGGGCUACUCUGGAGAUGGAUACACAUGUAGAGACAGUAAUGAGUGCACACGGGACAAUGGAGGCUGUUCUCUUGACGCUGACUGCAUCAAUUUACCAGGAAGCUACAAGUGUGUUUGUGAAGAAGGAUUUAAAGGAGAUGGUUAUAGCUGUAGUGAUGUGGAUGAGUGUUUGCUGAAUCCUGAGCUUUGUCAGAAUGGAAAUUGCCUGAAUAUAGCUGGGAGUUACCGAUGUGAGUGUGACAUGGGCUUCUCCCCAACAUUGGAUGGCAAGGACUGCAGAGAUAUUGAUGAAUGUAGCUACUUCAGUAACCUUUGUAUAAAUGGAGAAUGUGAGAACACAUUGGGGAUGUUCCGUUGUCGUUGUAACCAAGGCUUUAAACAGGAUGCAACUGGAGGAAACUGUACAGAUAUAAAUGAGUGUGAGAAUGUGGACAACUGUCUGUAUGGGACAUGUAUCAAUGUGCCAGGGAGCUACAUCUGCCAGUGUCCCAUAGGCACAGUACUGAACCCAACAGGGACAGCAUGUGUAGACAAAAGGCGUGGGACUUGUUAUCUUGAAGUAGGAGACAGGGGGACUUGUAGUAAUGUUAUUGGUAGGAAUGUCUAUAAGACCAGCUGCUGCUGUUCCUUUGGUCAGGGCUGGGGAGAAGUAUCAGGACUCUGUGAAGCAUGUCCCCAAAAUGGAACAGGUGAGUACCAGUUGCUGUGCCCUGGUGAUCCUGGAUUGAGACCUGAUGAAGUUACAGGAAUACCAAUAGACAUAGACGAGUGUCGGGAGAUAGACGGAUUGUGCGAUGGAGGAGAAUGUCAGAAUACAUUUGGGAGUUUCUUCUGUGUGUGUCCCAAGGGCCACCGACUGAUUAACUACAGAUGUGUAGAUAUUGAUGAAUGCAGGGAGAAUGGUCCUCUUUGUGGGGCAGGCUCUUGUGUGAACACCAAGGGUAGCUAUAGAUGUGUCUGUCCUGAUGGCUAUGUCCUCAUGAAGGGGGAGACUGAGUGCAUGGACAUGAGGAAAGGGAAUUGUUAUCCCACUUACUACACGACCACUGGUCCUGGGCCCCGUCAGUAUAUCUGUGAGAACCCUCUGUCAAGGAAUCUGACCUACAAACAGUGCUGCUGUACAGUGAUUGGAAAAGCCUGGAACUCACCCUGUGAACCAUGCCCAGAGUCCAAUACCACGGACUAUGAAUCCCUGUGUGAAGUAUCAGCAGUUGUAGAUGAUCUUGAUGAAUGCGCAUUGUUUGGAGAUGCCAUCUGUAAAAAUGGCCGAUGUAUUAACACCAAGGAGAGUUUCCGUUGUGAAUGUAACAGAGGAUACAGAUAUGAUGUUCAAAGUCAUAGUUGUUAUGAUGAGGAUGAGUGUAGGAGGAGCUUACCCCCUUGUGUCCCCGUGGCUCAGUGUGUGAACACCCCCGGCAGUUACCGAUGUCAGUGUCCCUCAGGUUAUAGGCUUCAUCAGAAUGGACAUAACUGUCUAGAUAUCAAUGAGUGUACAGAAAUUCAGGGAAUCUGUGCCAAUGGAGUUUGCACCAAUUUAGAGGGCAGGUUCCGCUGCAUAUGUAAUCCAGGCUACAGAUUGAAUCUUAAUAGAGAUGCAUGUUUUGAUAUUGAUGAGUGUAGCUCCCGGCCUGGCUUGUGUAACAAUGGAACCUGUGAGAAUACAGAGGGACAUUACAGGUGUCACUGCCAUCCCGGAUUUACUCUGUCUCCUAAUGAAGACUGUCAAGAUAUAAAUGAGUGUUUGACUGAGGUUGGUCUUUGUCAGAAUGGUCGCUGUGUGAACCUGGUGGGGAACUUUACAUGUCAAUGUCAGAGUGGUUACAUGGUGUCCAGUGACGGCCGCUCGUGUCAAGAUGUUGAUGAGUGCACCCUUUUCAGGGAUAUCUGUGGUAAUGGGGUGUGUAGGAAUAGAGAGGGCUCCUAUGAAUGUAUCUGUCACGAGGGAUAUGAACUCACCAGAGCAAGGGACACAUGCAUGGAUAUCAAUGAGUGUACGACAGUGCGUGGUAUUUGUGCUGGUGGUCGGUGUAGAAAUCUGGAGGGAGGAUUUAGAUGUGUGUGUCCACCAGGCUUACUCCUAACUGCAGAUGGACAAAGAUGCAUUGAUGUGAGGAUGGGGAACUGUUUCAACAUAUUUAGGAAUGGCCAGUGUCGUUUCCCUCGCCAAAUCAACAUGACGAAGGCCGACUGUUGUUGUACUCUUGGCCAGGCCUGGGGGAGUCAGAGCCAAUGUGCUGUCUGUCCUACCGAGCGGGAACCUGCCUUUAAGAUUCUCUGUCCAGAUGGUUAUGGAAGAGUUGUAGAUCCUUCUGGAGGCAUUGUUGAUGUGAAUGAGUGUGCUAGAGAUGCAAGUUUGUGUGUAAAUGGAAAGUGUGUUAACACAGAUGGAUCCUACAGAUGUGAAUGUCUUCCUGGGUAUAAACUAGGAGCGGAUCAAAAAACUUGUGAAGAUAAAAAUGAAUGCAUUGAUAGUCCAGGCAUCUGUGGCAAUGGAACAUGCCGUAACAGAAUUGGAGGAUUUGAAUGUUUAUGUAGUUCUGGAUUUGAACCUGGAGCAGAUGGUUCCUGUCAAGAUAUUGAUGAGUGUAGUGGCCCCCUCAACAAAUGUGCUUUCCGCUGUGUCAAUCUUCCUGGAACAUUCCAGUGCGUGUGUCCCAAAGGCUUCACUCUGGCCCCAGAUAACUCACACUGUCAAGACGUGGACGAGUGUCAAACACAGGUCAACAAGUGUCGGUACGCCUGCAAGAACCUGGUGGGGACGUUCAUGUGUGUUUGUCCGGAAGGCUUUACUGGUACAGGGGAUAACUGUAGAGAUAUAAAUGAGUGCCGUGACCCUAGAGUUUGUCAGCCAGGUAGAUGUGUCAAUCUACAAGGAGGAUACCAAUGCAGAUGUCCUCCUGGCUAUACCCUCAGUCCAGACAGAAAACAGUGCUAUGACCAGAGAGAAGGUAACUGUUUCCUGGAGUUACUGGGUGGGAGAUGUGUUCCCUCUAGAUUCUACAGAAUGACCAGACAGGAGUGUUGCUGCUCAGGGGCUGCAGCCUGGGGUCCAAGCUGCUCCAGGUGUCCUUCCAGGGGAUCAAGAGACUUCCAGGAGUUGUGUCCAGAAGAUAUUGGCAGAACACCAGAUGGAAAAGAUAUAAAUGAAUGUCUGAAGUUUCCUGGAAUUUGUGGGAAUGGAUACUGUAUUAACACUGAAGGAUCCUACAGAUGUCGAUGUAACCGAGGCUACAAAACAGAUAUCACAAAUACAAAAUGUGUCGAUGUGGAUGAGUGCAGAGAGGGUACAUCCCCUUGCGAGUCUGGCUGUGUGAACACAGUAGGAAGUUAUAGAUGUUCAUGUCCCACUGGCUUUGUCCUUAACAGAAAUGGCAAAACAUGCAGAGAUUUGGAUGAGUGUGCCACAAUGAAGCACAAUUGUCAGCAGAUUUGUACCAACACCCAGGGAAGUUAUCGGUGUAGCUGUCAGACAGGCUACAGAAUGGAGGCCAACCAGUGUAGAGACAUUAAUGAGUGUAGGGAAGACUCCUCACUGUGUACGCCAGGAGGAACUUGCCGUAACACCUUGGGUGGAUAUAAAUGUAUCUGUAAAAGAGGCUACAGACUGGACUCAACAGGCAAAAAAUGUAUCGAUAUUGACGAAUGUGAGACUGGUCGAUGUGAUGAUAGAUGUGAGAAUGUCCCAGGCUCCUUUAAAUGUAUCUGUCCUCCAGGGUACAAACCAGUCUAUGGACAGUGUAUAGAUAAUAAUGAGUGUCAGAUACAGGAUAUAUGUGGCUUGGCAGUCUGCUCAAAUGUGCCUGGAUCAUACAACUGUCAGUGUGGACCAGGGACAAACUUUGACCCUCGUCUUAUGACUUGUAUAGAUGUCAAUAUUUGUGUGAAUGCCCCCUGUUUAUAUGACUGUUCUUCGACUGGUUCCUCCUUUGUCUGUGGCUGUCCACCAGGCUAUCAGAGUUUGGGAGUGGGACAUUGUGUGGCCAUCUCUCCAGAUGGUGGUGUGGGAGGUUCAUUUCCUACAGGAGGAAAUAUACCCCAUGUCCCUGCCCCAGGUGAUGGCAGACCACCCCAAGGGGAGGGCUGCAUUGAGUGUGAUAUCAAAACCCAAGACAUUCCUUUGUCCAAGAGAGUUAAACGAGAUGUCCAUAAUAAGACUGUUACAGUGGACUCAAAUUCAAAAUCACUUCAGAGUCAUCAUGCAAGAAAACUACGUCCAGAUAUUGUGACGGAAGUUUUGAAACUAUACAUAGAAAGGAAAGAUAUACAAAGAAAGAAAAAACUGCUUGCAGUUCUUCCAUCAUUAACAGCACUUAAAAAUAAUGUCAAGUAUCACAUCCUACGAGGAAAUCAAAAGAAAAUAUUUAUUGUUCGUAAAAAACAGGGUGUCAGUUCCCUACAGUUUAGAAGGAAAGUAAGGAAACCCAAAGUUUUGAAAUUAACAAUAGAAGCAAAACCAAUACAUAAAGAAGAAAAAGUGGCAGGGUCAAAGGUCAUAUUGAGAAGAACUCUUUUAAAUGUGGAGGUGCAUGUAUUGUAAAAAAAAAAAAUAAUAAUUGAUUAGAAAAUCUUGUAGUGAUAAAAGUAUGUAGACUGAUUGGUGUGAGUUUGUACAUGUAGAGGAAGAUGGCUGUUUACAUAGUGGAGUACAGUAUGAAUGUCAAAAAGUGUACGAAAUAUUCCUUGGUUGCAGAAGUAAAACUGGAAUUUUAAAGGCAGAUAUUAAUGUACUUGUAUGUGUAUAUGUAUUUUAAAAUUUAGUGAAGCUGAAUCACUGAGACAUGAUUCCAGCUUAAAGUACUACACAAACAGUAUCAUUCAAAAUAAGCAUUCAUAUAUGGUGUAAUUAUGUUAAACUUACUAUAAAAAUACUCUGCUGAUUUUUCCCCCAUGAUUUAUUUUCAAUCUGCAAAGACUACAUGUAUAUAAUGUACAUCUUAUUAUGUGUAAAUAUUAUUCUAAGAAUGGUGCAUAUGGUUAAGUAUUAUAUAUAACAGUAUAGUACGUGAAUAUAUAUGUAAUAAUUGAGCUUAUCUGAUAAUGGUUUGGUGGGGACUUGAAUUUUGAAACUAGUUCAUUGAUAAUACUUCAAAAGGCAAAAACCUUAGACAGCUGUUAACAAUUGGUUUUACCUAUUAUAAUAUACAUUUAAAUUAUUAUCAAAAUUAUCUUGUUACCAUUCCAGCAUUGCUGGAAAUUAUAUGUAGCAUAUCUCUGUAAAAGUUGGCCAGAAUUCCAUACCUAAAAUCAUUUCAAAGAUUAUGAAUAAAAGAAGUUAUUUGAAAAUUACCACUUUAUUUGUUAAAUUAAUUUUUGGCCAAGACAUCUCAUCUUUUUAUUGUACAUAGAAGAUCAGCAUAACAGAUUCUCUGCCAAACUUUAGUACAAGCAAGGGCACUGACAGUAGUAUUUCCCCUUUUUUUCAAAUUAAAUGUACUAGUAGCUCUGUGUACAUGUAUAUAUUGUGAUUGUAUGAAUGUUAAACCAAACGUUGAAUUUAAAAGACUUGAUUAAAAUAAUUGCUGUAUAAUU